UUAUGUGCGGUUAACAUGGCGUGAUGACACGGGCGUACAUCCGGUUAUGAUGGAGUUUGGUGUUAAAUCUUUUAAAGGCUUUGUUUCAGAGGCAGCUACAGCAUUUUCUCGAGCUGUUCAGUAUACAGAAGAAAAGCUUGGCACUUCAGAAAAGACUGAACUUGAUGCCCAUUUUGAAAGUUUGGCUCAACGAGCUGAUAAAACCAAACUUUGGACAGAGAGAAUUGUAUCAAGAACAGAUGCGGUUCUUCAACCUAAUCCAAAUGCAAAAGUUGAAGAUUAUCUAUUUGAAAAACUUGAGAGGAAGCGGGACAGACACACUAAUUUUGAGGCAUUGGGACAAGACAUGAUUGAUGCUGGUUUAGAUUUUGGUCCAGGAACUGCAUAUGGUAGCACUUUAAUAAAAGUAGGACAAGCCCAACAAAAACUAGGAAAAGCAGAGAAGGAGUUUGUUCGAUCAGCCGGCACCAGUUUUAUUCAACCUUUACGAAAGUUUUUAGAAGGUGAUAUGAAAACACUCCAAAAAGAAAGAAGAAUAUUAGAAUCUAAGAGACUUGACUUGGAUGCCUGCAAGAAUAGACUACGCAAAGCCAAAUCUAUGGAAGCGCAAGCAAAUACAAAACCUGACCUAAUUCAAAGGGAGAUUCAGCAGGCUGAACAAGAGCUUCGGUUAGCCCAAUCCGAGUAUGAUAGACAGGCUGAAAUCACCAAACUGCUUUUAGAAGGGGUCAGCAGUGCACAUGCUAAUCAUCUUAGAUGUUUAAACGACUUCGUUGAAGCACAGAUGUCAUAUUUCACACAGUGUCAGCAGUAUGAAGCUGACCUUCAGAGAGAGAUGUCCAGUAUGUCUGUGGCUCUUUCAAGUAGUGGAACAACAGAUUCAUUCCAGAACAUUUACCCAUCAUUUUCUGCAAACGCUGGGCCAACGUCAACAGCCCCUGAUGACAAGAGAAAACAAGCGAGAGUGCUUUAUGAUUAUGAUGCUCAUGACAAGUCGGAAUUGUCUUUGUUAGCCGAUGAAGUGAUACAUGUGACAUUGGAACCAGGGCAGGACCCAGACUGGAUGAUAGGUGAGCGGGGAAAACAGAAAGGCAAAGUGCCCACAGCCUACCUCGAAAUGCUGAAUUAAUUUUAAGCCUAACUACAUUUUUCAAUUAACUUUUGUUGCUUGAACUUCUAAUAUAAUAUUUUAUAAAACGGAAGAUAUGGCAGUUUCACAUUUGUUACCAAGUUUUUUGAUAUAACUUGUUCUACACUUCUCUGAAUACACUUGGGCUAAAGGUUGUUUGACUAUUGUAUUGAUAAUUUUGUUUGAUCUUUUUCUAAGGUUUUUGUUACUUUCUUUUGUUAUGGUAGUUAAUGUAACUGGACAGUUGAUGCUACAGACAUAAAGCCAAAUUGUUAUGGAACUGAUACAAAGCAAUGCUUUAUAAUGCAUAUUACUUGAUAUACUUACUUCAUUGGCUUUACGUAUUUAAAGUGGCCUACUUAACAUGUGUUUUUAGAAAUAUGAAAUUAUAAUAUGCUUUGCCAUUAGCUUUAUGUUUAAAUUGUCAUAAUUUGGCCUUGAGGUUUCUACAACUUUGUAAGCUGAAUCCAAUGAACACUUUUUUCAGCUGAUUAACCUUUUCUAUUAAAUGGGUCAAUCUUGGAACACACAAAUGAGUCUCAUCCAUUCAACAUCUAAACAUGUCUACAAAAUAAUUAGUCCUCUUAAUUAAAUAUUCAAUCAGAUAUUCAAAAUAAAACAGAACUUUUUUAAUUAAAAUCUGUGAGUUGUAUACAUUGUAGCUUUGUUGUAAUCUUCCAACUUUUGUCGUUUAUUGUUCUGAUCGUUGUCUCGAUGUACAUGGUUAUUAUAAACGAUUUAGGAUUAUCAAGUUCAUUAAUUUUUGCAUGUUUGUUGAAAAUGCUUUGGCUUGUUCUUACGUAAAUGAAAAUAAAUUUCACUGUACUUGCAUAAAUUGUGCCUUCUGAAAAUUUGCUCUUUUCUUUGAAUAUAAGCUUAUGUGAAAUAGUGAACAUGUAUGGUUCGAAACAUUCUUGUGAUAGUAGUUAGGGAAAAGUGUUUUUUUUGGGGGGGUUAAAGAUUUUAACAUAUUUUUUCUGUGACCUUUUUAAUGGCUGGUUCUUUAACAUGUUUUAUGCACUUAUAAUUCUGAUCUUGACUUUAUGAAUAGAAACUGUAGUAAAAAGUGGAUUAACAGUAUUGUUUUUGACAACCAAGAAUUAUUAAUUUAAUUUGUAGUGACAGUUGUACAUAAAUGUUUAGUUUAAUUAAACAAGUUUGGGUUGCAUAAAUAAAUACUUGUUAGACUGUUAAAUGAUAAAUAAAACAAAUCAAAUAAUACAUAGUAUUAUACUAUCACUAGAUAUAGAUGGAAUCUACACGAACUGCAGUGGAAGUCUGUUAUGUUUUGUUUGGAUGAGAAUAUUAGGUGGUUUAAAAUGACACCAUAGGAUUGAUAGGUUUCUAACCAGCAUCUUGGAACUAGUGAGUGUUUGAACUGAACAGUACUUAAU